AUGUCAUUAGCAAACCAGCGGUGUCUCUCCAUAUGUCAUGUUAUCAUGUUGAUGUUGGUGCAAUUGAAUAGCAUACUCGUUAUCUCUUUAAACUCUGCUCUGUUGUAUAAUGUGAAGAACACGCCCUUGGACGACAUUAUCGGAAAGCCUGAUCUUGAAGACUAUAGCCUACUUCUCUUGGGACUCGUCUCGUUCUUUAGCUCUACACUUUUACUCUUGACUCAUAGUAGAACCGUUACAAGAAUAUCAUUCUCAUAUUCGUAUCCGUUGUUAGCAGUGGAAAUCAUGAUAUCCAUUGUCUUGAUAGCUUUGCUGAUAACAACUACGACUAUAGUUGCGAAGCCAUCUCAAGUAACGGCUUGUAAUUCAGCAAUUUCUAUUGCUUCUGACAGAUACAACAACAUUUGUAAUAUCUUUCGCGUCUCAGUUAUAAUGACAUACUUGACUGUUCUCUCAUGGGUACUUGUGUUGCUUGCCACGCUCUUAUCGUUAGCCUAUACGCCUCUUACUCCUACGUUGAUCUAUACGGUAGAGUCUCCAUUGGAUGAUUCUGUUCAGAACGAGAAAGUGUCCAUCAGGCAAUACGGCCAACGUAGCGCAAACAUGAAAGGCAAAAAGGAUCUUGUGUCAGAAGGUUACCAAGAUGACAAAGUGAGCCAUUCUUCCACAAGUAGCUUGCAAAGUUACGUUACGUACCCUCCAGCAGUUGCAAAGUCUUUAUACGAAAAUAGAUCUGGUAGUUCCACACAGGAUAGUAAAGAGACACAAUUAUCAGACAUUAGUACAUUAGUUGGCGACAGUACUUCUCCUUCUCUGAUAAUUGAUGGAGAAAAAAAACGUUGA